UAAGUUUCUUUAAGAAUUAUCUAUUGUGUAAUAUACUGUCGACAGGAGGUCAGUUUUAAAAGAAUACUACUGAUAGCCUGAAAGACUGGAAAAGAAAUUCUUUUUCCCCCUUACACACUGAUAGUUCUUAUAUUUGCAUUCCUGCAAUUCUUAUAUUAAAAAACAUUGGAUUAGCAGCAAGAGAGUUGAAAAUGGCAGAAGUUGGGAAUGACUGCUAUUUCUUUUUUAAUUCCACAUGCAUAAAGGGUUCCCAGUGCCGAUUCCGACACUGCGAAGAAGCCCUUGGCAGUGACACUGUGUGCUCAUUAUGGAGAGAGGGGAAAUGUUUAGAUCCACUUUGCAGAUUUAGACACAUGGAAAUGCAGCAAAACUGCAGCAUUUCAUGCUUCUGGGAAACUCAGCCUCUUGGUUGUGUGAAGAUCAGUUGUAUCUUUUAUCACAGCAAACCUCGCAAUAUCAAUGGAUUAUUUUUGCCACCAAGUAGCAGUAUCACACCACAGAAAGAGAGUCAGGAAGGAAUUCCACCCCUGACCCAGAGUCAGGAACCCCUGAAACCUCAGGAGAAUAUAUCACGACCCAUUCACCAUCCUCUAGUUUUAAAAACUAACUUUGAGGACGAAGAGGAGGAAGGAGAUGAACAAAAUGAUGCUUCCAGUUUAUGGACAAAGACUCCUGAAGAGAUUGAAGAAAAAAGAGCAAUAAAGGAGAUGUGUUACAAAUCUGGUGAAUACUACAGAUUCCAUACUCCUCCAGAUAUUUCAUCAUCAAAAAGCAUAGCCUCUACAGCAGACAAAGAAAUAGAAAAGCCUUUGGAAAAUGGCAGUGAAUUGCAAGAAGGGGAUGGUCUUACAGUUCCAACAAAAUUUAGCCUAUUUGAAAGGCAAGGUGAGAUAAAAGCAUCAUUGGAUAGGAAACCAAGGACUGACAUUGCCGCUUUUGAAAAUGGAGGAGGUGACUGUUAUGUUCCACAGAGGAUCAUAUUUCUUGGAGUGGAUGAAAAUGAAGCUUUAACAGAAGAGAAGGAAAUCACCAUAUCAAAAUGUUCAAAUAAUAAAGAUAACACGGACAGUCCUCAUCCAAAGCGUUCCCUAACUACCCGACUAGUACCUACAACGCAUGUAUUAAAUGCUACUGAGAAUAUCAGUAUGAAGUGCAGAGAGGACCUCUCUUCAAUGAAUGAUGUCCAGCCAGUGAGGAAGCCUCACUUUAAAGGUGUGAAAAAAAGAAAAUGGAUUUAUGAUGAACCAAAGAAUUUUCCUGGCCCAGGAAUGCGGAGAGCAGUACAGGCCCCAAAUCCCAAAAAUAAAAUGAGUUACCAUCGCAAUAAUAAAAACAGAAAUGCUGAGAACGCAUCCUAUAUCCACGUUCAGAGAGAUGCUAUCAGGACUGUCUCACUGAGUGCACCCCCCCGCAGCAGGCCCACAAGCGGGUCCUACAGUAAAGUCGAUGUUAACAAGGAACCCAAAUUCAACCUUUGUCCAGAUAAAUAUACGUCAACAUCAUAUAAUGGUUCAGCCUGGCGAAAAAGAAUUCCUUUUUCAAAAACAUAUUCAAAAACUGAAAAGAUAUAUACAGAGCCAAGAAGAAAUGGGAGCAAGUAAAUCUGGAGGUUGAGAGAAGAGAAAAAUGAGAAAAGAAAAAAGUGCCAGAUAUCAUCUGAUUUACAAUCAAAAAUGAAAAUUCAAAGAAUGAGAUAUUCAAGUACUCCAUACUAUAUACUGGGUAGCCAAAGAUGAUAAAAUGCAAAUUCUGAAAAUAAGAUGCAGGAAGUACAUUGUGCUCUUUCAAAACUGAUAAAAAUGCAAAUUACAAACAGCUGCCUGUGUAUUUAUAUAGGUCUGGAAUUCAUUCGAUGCAU